AUUCUUGGGAGUUGAAUUUUGCCCUGCUUUUAAGUGAUUCCUGAAGGAAAUUGCGCAAGUAGUGUGCACCACACAGCUGGCUGUAUGGUUAUUCAGGGUUUGUACUGCAGGAAGGAAAUGAGUCACUCUCCUGUGCUGGGUGAGCAGAACUGAUACUUUAGAUGAUUUUUUAAAUAUGUAAUAAGUCUGUCUAAAGGCAGUCUUUACUAGUGCUAUACGGAUGAAAAGCUACAGUAUUGUGUGUACUUUCAUUGAGGAAAUCAUCGUAUUUUUCAAAUGUAGGAGGUUUAAAUGAUAAAGCCCGACAACACGUGUGGCUCGCAGGGUCUUCCCCAGCAGACGCCGCCGCGGAGAGUUUGGCAUCCAUGGCAGCAGGCAAAGACUGCUUCUGGGACAGCCUGAUCAAUAAAUGCAUGCCUGUGAAGGGGACAGACCCCACUGCCGUCAAGCUGAAUACCGUAGCCUCGUGCUCAAAGACUCCUGUGGUCAGCAAGCCCGUCUGGGUGUCUGUGACGGUCGUCAUAAGCGUGUCCCUUUUAGCUCUGCUGCUGUGGUGCCUGAUCUUCAGGAGGGAGAGGAGGCCCGUCCGCGGCGCAGUUGAGGCAGGGAGGCCAGCUGAGGCAGAUGCAGAGGCAGGAAGAGACCGGCCUGCAAUGGCGGCGGAGGAAGAGGAGCCCCCAGCAGCCUUUCCGUAUGAGAAUGGAGGCCCCCCAGGGGGGCAGGACCCAAUGGAGUCCAUCUGGAGGGAGGCGGCGAGGUGUGAUGAACGGGGAGAAAGCAGCAUGCACGUGUGCAAUGGCAGGAAGGAGCACGGGAUCCCACUUCCUGCCACAGAGCUGGGGGACGCCGCACUGGUGACGACCAAGACGGUGCAGUAGGCGAGCUGAGAGGGGAGCCGUACCUUCGCACACGGCCAGCUUCUAGCCACACGUGUCUUUGCAUGGGGUUCAUGUUAGUUAGGUGUGCACAGCAUUGUGAGUUAUGAAAACUUGUUCUGAUGACAGUAUGUUCGGUUCUGGGCUGAUCUGAAAGGAAAUGGAUUUGGUUCCCGGGCCCCAUGCAAUCCUCCGUGAUCCGUUUGUUAUGCUCAGUGUAUCUGGGAUGGCCGUGUGGGCUUUCCCGCCUUUAUUGUGACCAAUCUGUGGCCCCUGAAGUGACAGGAUCCCACAAACAGAUCUCAGAGAUGAAGCUAGGUCCGACUGCAUCUUGGUACAGCUCAUUUGCCACCUUUGCUCCUGUAAGCCAUUAAAAUUUGUGGCAUUUUUAGACACUGAUAUUUUGCAGAUUACUGAAUAGACACUUUUUCGCAGGUUUACAUUCCACACCUGCUUGCUGAAAUCUGCAAUGCAUUUAAAAAAAAAUAUGUGCGUAAUGAAAAUGAGAGAUUUGUCUAAUGAUAGGCUAAGGUUUCAAGUGCCAAUUUUAUUAAUGCUAUCAUCUGAAUAUAUGUGCAUUUUUAAGUCUAUUUCUUAGAUUUCCUAGUAUGAUUUACGUUUUACUACUUAACACACUAUUUCAUUAGAUUAGCAGAGCUGGUUUUGAACCAUUCUGGGUAGUCUUUGUCCCUGUAACCCAGAGACAGACAGGCCUUACAAAAAAUGCAUAAAUUAAGAAAUAUUAUUUACAGAAUGCAGUAAGUCUUCAGUUGUCAGCCUUUUUCAUUUUGACAGUUUUGUAUUUACCUUGAUGUAGUAAUAAACAAUUCCAUUCACCUUGGCAGUUGAUCCUU